CGAGCGAGAAUCUUUUGUCUUUUGAUCAAUGUUUAUGAAUAGUAAAUUAUAUUUGGUUUCUCAACCAAUCACCUUUCUAUGAGUUCGGCUUAAUUGUCAGCGGCCAGUGUGGUUGUUUCUUAACUCAGCUUUUGUCAGUUGUCCAAAAUUUGCAUAUGAGACAGUACUUUCUGUAUUCCUCAGCGCCAAAUAGAAGAGUUGUACGGGCAUCUGACAUAGAAUCAAAAUUUGUUUAACAGUCGACUGUCCGCUGCUCCGGUGAACACUUUCUCCUUCAGUGAUGUAGAUUUUUAAUACUUUCGUAUUCCUGAAACUCCAACAGCACGCGGAUCAACAGCUAUGAUCAAACUUGAUCUUUCGCCUGGGUUCGGCUACCUACCUGUAUUCUGGGCGCUUUUCACAUCAUUUACCUUCCUGCUAUGUUACACUAUCGCCGUCUCGCUGAAUCACAUCUAUCCAUUCGUUCCCGCCAUCAGCGAUACAGGUGCACGGAUUCCAGAAGCAAAUCUGUUCUCGGAGUUCUUCAAUUUCUCUGCGCUUCUUCUGGCUGUGAGUGUGUUUGUUCGUUACCUUCAAUUCCAAAUGCUGACCAAGGGCUUUGAAUCGUCGGAUCUUCGUCUCAGCCGGUUGAACAAGUUUGGUUUGGGCUUCGGACUUGUCAGCGCGUUUGGAGGAACGAUUAUCGCUAAUUUUCCAUCGAACGAGGAGGACUCGAUGAUUUACGUUCACGACACCGGUGCAGUUCUGUUGUUUGCUGGCGGAGCAGUCUACUGUUGGAUUCAGACAUGUCUUACUUAUAAGCUUUCCCAGAUAGGAAUUAACACCCAAUUCCUCUUCACGAUCCGCUUCAUCCUUUCCUGCAUCAUCACAGUGUUUGGUUCGCUCUUCUUCCUAGCGGAGAUAUUUGCCUACGAGGAGUUUCGUCAACAGUCCGAACACGUUGUGGCGAACUGGCAACCCUCGGAUCCAGGCUACAGCGUGCACGUGCUCAGUAAUAUAAGCGAGUGGAUUGCAGCACUCUGUUUUGGUCUUUUUGGAAUGACAUUUUUCGAGGAAUUCCAAAAGAUAAGCUUCCACAUUGAAUGCACGCCAAAGUGCGAAGAGCCCCGACAAAGCAGUCCUUUAAUGGAUUAUACCAAUAUGAGCGAGGAGGAAUGAUGAUUUGAUGACUGACCAGUAAUGAUAAAACUAGGGGAGAUCAAUUAUCGAAAUUUUUUGAUGUGAAUGCGUUUUUCCAGAAUCUAUGAUGAAAAUUUAAUUUAUUUUAAAAUUAUUUAUUUAUUUCAACAAUUAAUGGAUCAAAAAUUGUAAAAUAAUGAUAUACAUCUACAUACUAUGAUGUGAAGAAUUCUUCUUAAGAUGUUGGUAUAUGACUUUGAAUCUCGACAUGAUAUGGUUGUUUAAAGGGUGAAAUGGUAGUCGGGUUAAAGAACAAGAGGGGGGGGGAAUUAUAAAAUUUUGCAACCCGGGAUAUAUGAGUUGUUCCAGAUUCUUUUCAGAAACUUCUGUUACGCAAUGCUAAGAUAAAAUAACAGGAUUUAAAAAACACUUCAUUGCUUCCACUUUAAGUUGAAUAAUUGCGAUAGAUGAAUCAGUCAUUUCAAUUCGUACUCUUACAGACCGUAAUGUAAUUGAGUGAUCCUCUAUUUUCUAUUUUUAGCAAUUCUUAUUUCUCUGUUUCUCUAUAAAGAAAGGGGAUAAAUUUCUAAAGAAACUGUGGUGCUGCGUCGGUGGGAGAGUAAAGCAGGUACUUAGUGUUAACAACUGAGUUGAAACGUAAAUUGGCCACCGUAAAGAGUAAAAAAGCUGACGUUUCGAGCGUUAGCCCUUCGUCAAUCGCUCAGUUGUUAACACUAAAUUACCUGCUAUUCUCUAUAAAGGGUCUGACAGUCAAGUAUAAAAAACCCGUUUAUUUUUGCUAAAAUGUAUGCUCAUUGAUUUUCAACUA